AGUAGCAUAUUAUUUAACCUGUGUCGUGUGAUCUGGGGAGUCACGGACAUGGAACCUGAAUGGCAGAGCAUUUACUUUUUACCAAUCGCAUUUGGGAGCAUUAUGAUUAAAUAAACCAUGGAGGAGGCGGCUCCAUGCGGAUGAACAAUCGCAAUCGGUCCGAACAAUCUGCAACUUCACUUCACACUGCACUCUGUUAACUGUACUAAAUUAAUAAAACAGUCUGAACUGUAGGCUACUUACUAGUGUAGCAUCACCUUGCAGUGUGGUGUGCAUCAAUCAUGGCCGAAUCGGCCGUAGCAAGUACUGUAGGCCCACAUCAACAUUUGCAUCAACCUAAUACAACGUCUUGGGAUCCAGUGUUAAGCAAAGAUUGGGACAAACAGAAGGCAACUCAACAAUGUAUUCUAAGAAUCAAACGAGAUAUAAUGAAUAUUUAUGCUGAGCCCCCUCCAGGCAUGUGUAUUGUACCCGAAGAAGACAUCACAAAGGUGCAUGCCUUGAUAACAGGACCAUUUGACACACCAUAUGAGGGGGGUUUCUUCCAUUUUGUGAUCCGAUUCCCACCAGAUUAUCCAAUCAGACCACCACGGGUAAAGCUGGUCACUAAUGGAGAAGGAAAAGUGCGCUUCAACCCUAAUCUUUAUCGAAAUGGCAAAGUCUGUUUAAGUAUUCUUGGGUAA